CAUCAAAUGCUCUAGUUGUUUAAAUGCAAAACAAAUACGUUUGGAACGAAACACAUAGGAAUCGUCAGGAGUCGUGGAAUUCGUGGAUGUAAAUUUCAUGAUGUUUAUUAUCGAUUUCAAACUGUUUAGUUAGCUUUAAUUGUUUCUUUAUUGUGUAUAAUUGAACAUGGCUACGUUGAUACAGUCCUAUGAACAGCAGUAUUCUGUUCUCACAGCGGAUAUCACUGCUAAAAUAGGACGGUUAAAAACAGGCAAUGAAGAAAACCGUGAACAGUUAUCUAGGGAAAUACACGCAAAUUUCGAAGAGGCAAAUGAUUUGCUGGAACAGCUUGAGUUGGAGUCGCGCGGCGCCGGGGCGGGGUCUCGCGUGGCUGCCUACCGAGCUGAGCUGCAACGGGUGAGGGAUGAAUACCGCUCUGUCACCACCAACUCUAAUAACUACAACAUAGAUUCAGAGGAAGUGUACGAUGAAUGGGGCGGCGCUAACGAGCAGCGUCGUAAGCUGCUGGACAACUCGGAGCGGCUAGAGCGUGCAGGCAAGAGCCUCACUGAGGGGUACCGCGUCGUGCUGGAGACGGAGCAGAUCGGCGCCGCCGUGCUGCAGGACCUCAGCGUGCAGCGCGAGACCAUACAGAGGUCGCGGGGACGGUUGAGAGAAACCGACGAGCAAUUGAACCGUUCCUCUCGUCUCAUGAACUCAAUGAUAGUACGAGCAUUGCAAGACAGGUUCAUACUAGUAAUGGUGUUCCUGGUGAUUGGAGUGCUGCUGUGCGCCGGACUGUACUUCUCGGUCACUUAGCGGGCGCACGCGCACCGUCACUACAUAUAUCCUGUGCCGAUACAUGUGAGGGUGUUCAUGGUGUUGUGUAAGUUGUUGUGCUGAUGCGAAUGGAUUGUCUGAGGCGGUGGUUUAAAAUUGAACAUAAAUAGGUUUGCAAGAGAGGCGCAUUUUGCACAAAAUACUUAUUUGUGGCAAUUUAUUAGCAUGUUUAUUCAUAUUCGUUGAAAUUUGUUGGUGAUUCCAGUAAUAGCAAGUAUUGUUUGAUAAUCACCAAAUGAUAAUUUUCUGUAGUUUUCUCGCCUGCUAAAUUGUAAUCUUUAUUGUGAAAAUUGUUAAUACUAAAAAGUUGGCACAUUGUUACAGAUUGUUAUAAAAAACUUGGAUCAAUUUUAAAUCACCACAUUAAAGAAAAAUAAUAUUACAUUAAGUACUUAUAUAAACAGUUCCAAGUUUAUUGUAAUAUGUAAAGUGGUAUACAAAUAAGUAGCUUAAAAUUACUAUAUUUAUAUUAUGAAAUAUAUAUAAAAUAUUUGCAAGCAGUAACAAUAUUUGGCAGUGAAAUAUCACACAUUGCCUUCCUAGGGCAGUUUGUAACCUUUUGCCAGUGAUUUGCAUAUCCUUUUUGUUUAUGGCCAAGUAUUGUAACAAUAAGUGUACAAUAUCACUCUUAUAGUCCAAAUGUUACUGAUUUAGGAACUUGGCAUAUAUCUUACUCUCUACUCAUAUUUGUUUAGCUUAUAUUGUAAAAUUAUAAAUAUUAUGCUAUGUUAAAUGCAAUAAAGAAUAAAUAUAUUUUAUAAAUUGGGAUAUUAGGUAAACAAAUUUAUAUUAGCGUUUAAUGUUGAAUUUACUUUUUAACAUUCCUUUAUAAGCCUGGUAUACAUAAGAUCUUCGACAAGGUUAAAAACGAAAAUGUUAAGUCAUAAUUUUGAUGUAAGGGGCAAAAAAAUAACUCCUAUUAUAACAAACUUACGACUGAUGAACAGAUGAAACCAGCAAAAGAUGACAUUGCCUAAAAAACGAGAUUUUAUAAUGUUCUCGAUUAUAGCUUGCGAGAUUUAUCUUGUGCAAAUUACUUUUGGGAAACAGAUUUUAGUUUUGGAAAGAUUAGCUAGAAAAAUGUAUUAAUAAAACAGUAAAUUUGUUUUAUUUUUAUUUUAUCGAUUGUAAUAAAUAUUAUGAUAUUCAUGUUUAGCUCAUUGAAUUGAGAUUCUUUUGAUACAUUGUGUUGGAAAGAUAAAGUAUGACCAACCACAGUAGAUUCAACCGGUUUUAAAUAAUGUAAAAAGAAAAAAAUAUAUUAUGUAAUAAAUAUUUAUUGGAAUUAGAGUUUAGCCUUUAUCUUACGCUAACUUUAGUUACAAAACUAUAUAAGGCAUAGUUAUUAACUGUUUUUGAGGUCAAUAUCCCAAUGGUACAAGAGGCUGUCACAACAUAGCUAGGAUAAACGUUUGAUAGAUAGAGCAUAUAUAUAAAUAUAGCUUGUUAAGUAUUAAUAAAUGUGCUAUUUAUUCUA